AUGAACAGUGGACUCGGUAACAUGCCCCUUCAACGCACGCCGCCCUCGUCCAGCACCGCAGCUCCGGCGGACGAAUCGAUAACUAUACCGCAUCCUGCAACUAAACUAACGCGGCAUCUCUCUGAAUCGGACCCGGAGCUACUAACGAAAUCUAUGGAUGAACUGAGACAAGGAGCAUGCCAUGUUACCCAACGCCUUAAGAGAAAGCGUGAAAGCAAUAGUGAACAACUAUCCGAGAUGAUGGCGGAAAUGAAAAAUAUGUUUGCUGAAUUUAGAGCCCACCAAAGCUCUCAAGACUCAAAAUUGGAAAAGAUUUCCUCUGCAAUGGACGAAAUAAAAGCCCAAACCUUGCAAUGCAGAGCUCGG